AUGAGUGUUUUUGAUUUAGUUUAACCUGUUACAAAAGAGUCUAUCUUGGAGUCUUCGCUCUACUUUGGUUUGUUUUUCUUGUUCUAAUUUUUAGGUGCCAAAUUCUUUCCUUCUAUUUCAGGUUAUGGCUUUCCAACUCCUUAGAAAACGAGAAAAGAUUAUGAACUCACUGGAUUGCAGAUGUUUUUUGUCACUUAGAUUACUUAUAUUGUUGCAAGAAUUUUAUUUGGAUUUUCGUUGGAGAUAUUGAUUAGAAAUUUCUGGUCAUUCUUUACAGUAGUGAAUGUAUUUUCUAUUGGGUUUUCUAUUUUCCUUUACAUAAAAGGUAAGUUGAACAAGUCUCCUAAAUUUGAAAAUACAAGCUUUUUGCCUGAUUUCCUUUUCGAAUUUUGGUGUGGAAUGGAAUUAAAUCCUACUCUUUUUGGAGUAGAUUUAAAAAUGUUUUUUUACUAACCUUCGCUUUUAGGCAUGCAUCUCUUCGUAAUCAGCUUUGCUGAGUACCAACACACUCGUUAUGGUCUAUCAACUUAGAUGAUAUUACUUUAAGUCUUUAUUUGGUUAUAUCUUUUUACUCAUUACAUAAAAGAAGAAUUUAUGCUCUCAACUUGGGAUAUUAUUGAGGAACACUUUGGAUUUAUGCUAGUUUGGGGAGAUAUGAUCUAUGUUCCUUUUUGGUAUAGCGUUGUAGGAUGGUUUGUUGCUGAUAGCACUGAAAACUAUGGUAUGCCCUAUUAUUUAUUCGUGGUUCUUUUGCAUUUGUUUGGUCAUUUUAUUUUCCGUGUCUCUAAUUGGUAGAAAUAUGUAUACAAGAGAUAUGGUAAAAAUUCUACUUUCUUAGGUUAAAAAUGCGUUCUCCUGGAAGACAGGCUUUUGAUUAGUGGUUUCUGGGGUAUUGGUCGCCAUUUAAAUUACUCAGGAGAAAUUAUAACUUACUUAACUUUUGCCUUGACAAGUAGACUAACAAGUUUUGUUCCAUAUAUAUUGCCUUUCUCUUUACUUAUUUUAUUAUCUCAAAGAGCAUGGCGUGAUGACUAAAGAUGCUCAUCAAAAUACAAAGAAUUAUGGUAAAAAUACUGUAAAAUAGCAACUUUCAAGAUGAUUCCAGGAGUCUAUUGA